UUUUGAAGCCUGAAAAUAAAGCUUUCAGCUUCAGCUCGUAUCAGUUGAGCGCCCUCCUCGAAACAGUCGACAUCAUGUCCUUGCACGAUGUUUGUUUUUCGUCGCGGCAUAUUAUUGUCAUUCUCUCAUUUAUUAUUGCAGCUCACGCCAGAGCCGUGAAUAUCAGCAAUACAUGGAUGCUUCCCGAGGAGGGUUUUCCGGUGUUUUACCGCCAUUUCCGGGACCGGAUUUCCUGGUAUGAGGCCGAUGCAGUAUGUCAAUUCCAUCAUGGUAACCUUGUUACUGCUGACACCACAUCACAAUACGAUGCAAUCAGAGCUUACUUGAAAGAGCUAGACGUAACAAGCGACGUUUGGAUUGGCUUAUCGAGAACUUCGGAGAAAAAACAAUUUACGUGGUCCAAUUAUCGCGAAUUAAGCGGCAACGGGUAUUGGCAAGAUUCCAUACCGGUUGGAAAUAAUCCAUUGUGUGUCGUUAUGGAUCCGUCUUCGGAUUUCUUAUGGAAAACGAUGCCCUGCGGAGGCCCUGACGCUGCCACUUUUGUUUGCGAAUUGCCCAUUCCAGACUGGGCAACGGGGCCACAGGGAUGUUUGAUUACGGAAGUUCCGUCACUUACAAUUUUAUACAUUCCGGAACAUUCGGCAGUAGAAUUGACAGCAGAUUGCGGCCUGGACGGAACGAAGAGGAUCUCCUGCAAAGGGAAAGCGGAUAGGGACGAAAUAUUAAAACAGCUAACUUGUACCAUAACUCAAGACGACGAUUUUGAUGAUAAAUUCACCAGACAGCAAAUUUCCUCCACAAUUCAACCCGAAAUAUCUCAGGAGGAGAACACAAUCAGCAGCAAGACUACGAUUUGGAUCUGGACAUCGAACACGAUCAGCUUAGAUUAUGGCAUUCCAACGAGACAUCGACGUGAAACUGAAGAUACUCUUAGCCCGGCUAGUAGUAAGAGCACCACUUCUUCUGAUGCCUUGAUGAAAAAGGAUGUUAUGAAUACCACGGAGAUGCCGCAAUCUGCAAUAAGUAAAUUUCUAUCAACGGUAUCCUCAUCAGAACCAUCCGUUUCAACUGAAGGCAUAGUAUCGAUUCAUUUUACUUCUACUCCGACCUCCCAAACGAAAACUGAGACCCAGGAAACCAUCGUGGAAACGAUUCCAACUCGUUCAAAAUACGACCUGAGUUCCACUGUCGAGACCAACGUCGAGUCUGGAACUUCCGGUAUUUCAACGGAACAAGUUGAUCAUUCUGGAGCCAUUAAUCAAGGACAACUAUUUAGCAUUAUCGAAAAUGGUACUAUGAUUGAUUUUAUCGAGUUGAGCGAGCCAGGGCAACACGAAACAAAAAUAAAUGAAUCGGAUACAACACCUCAGGAAUAUGCAUCUACCAGCUUGACGAUACUUAACACAACACCAAUUUUACCAAUCAAAGAAAAAAAAGUACCUAAAGAAGAGAAAUUCGCCAAAAAAACCCAGGUACCAACCAAAAAGCAAAUAAACAAAACUGCGACGAAAUCCACUUCCGAUUCUUCCAAACAGAAUAGGUCAAAAGAAAUAGAAAUGCUUCCAGUCGUACACGAUACUUCUGAAGUACUAAAUCGCACUUUUAGAAAAAGUUUGCCCCAAACUCCACAGAAAGAAAUUUUAUCUACAAUUAAGUCUACCUUAUUAACUAAAUCGACUCCCAAACCGAAAAUUUCGGAAGAAGUUCCGAUUUUUCCAAUCAUACACGAUACUUCUGAGGUAUUAAAUCGAACUUUUAGAAAAGAAGUACCACAAAUGCCAACCAAGCAAACAAUGAAUCUUACUCUUGUUUUAACCGGGAAUUUUGAUGAAAAGGAUCUUGGGUCAGAUAAGGAUGUCAAACCAGUUGAGAUAACAGCUUCCGUUUAUAAGAAGCAAUUACCAUCGCAAACAAAUAAAUCCACUGAUAAAAUUCUAACAAAAGACGAUUCCGAAACAAUGAUGUUACUAAACAACAAACUUAAUGUUACUGUUGUAAACAACACAAAGGUAAGUAUUCCAGUUGAAGAUAAUAACAUGAAUGAUAAUUCAAGCCGUACUUAUGAUUAUGGCGAUUUCUCUGAGAGUUUUGCAAACAACUCUCUUAUUUCGGAACCAGGGAAAGUGCCAAACAGACAAAGGCACUUGACAAGGCCGCAAAGAAGACAAUUUUAUCCUUAUUUCUUUAGUAGGGUACUAGGAUAAUUGUAUUUUAACUAAAUGUCACUUGUAAUGACCCAUUAAUCAUUAAUAGCCGCAUUAAACGACGCAAUUAUCAGGCAAUGCAAGACGCUCGCAGUUUUUUCGUAU